AGACACCCAGAGAGCGAGAGAGAGAGAGCUCGGGAGUACAUGAAGCCGACUGUUAACUUCAGGCUCUGUUCAUAACAAAAAGUCGGUUUACGUUAAGUAACGAUGACUACAUCAGGGGCCUUGGAUCGAAUGGAGCUCUGUGAAAGCCUGUUGACAUGGAUCCAGACAUUUGGAGUGGAGGCUCCAUGCAAGACAGUAGAAGACUUGACGAGCGGUAUAGUCAUGGCUCAAGCUCUACAAAAAAUAGAUGUAGUGUUUUUCACUGACGCUUGGAUUUCUAGAAUCAAGCCAGAGGUUGGGGACAACUGGAGGUUAAAGGUCAGCAAUCUAAAGAAAGUUCUGAAAGGCAUCCUGGACUAUAACCAGGAGAUCCUAGGCCAGCACAUAAAUGACUUCACACUACCAGAUGUUAACCUUAUUGGGGAGCACUCUGAUGCUUCAGAACUUGGGAGGAUGCUUCAACUUAUACUGGGCUGUGCUGUCAACUGUGAACAGAAACAAGAAUACAUCCAGACCAUAAUGAUGAUGGAGGAGUCGGUGCAGCAUGUUGUCAUGACAGCCAUCCAAGAGCUGAUGAGUAAAGAGACUCCGGUGAUGGGAGGGAAUGACUCGUAUGUGGAUCUAGACAGACAGCUGAAGAAGACAGCAGAGGAGCUGAAUGAUGCUUUGUCUACCAAGGAAGAGAUCGCCCAAAGGUGCCGAGAGCUUGACAUGCAGGUUGCAGCUCUGCAAGAGGAGAAGAGCAGUUUACUAGCAGAAAACCAGGUCCUGAUGGAGAGACUUAACCAGUCUGACUCCAUAGAAGAUAUAAACAGCCCUGCUGGACGCAGACACCUCCAGCUGCAGACACAACUGGAGCAACUACAGGAAGAAACUUUCAGGUUGGAAGCAUCAAAAGAUGAUUACCGGAUCCGUUGUGAGGAGCUUGAAAAAGAACUCCUGGAUGUGAAGUCACAGAAUGAAGAGCUUGCAUCACUGGCGGAUGAAGCCCAGUCUCUCAAGGACGAGAUGGAUGUCCUCAGGCAUUCAUCAGACAAAGUGUCAAAGCUGGAGGGCACAGUGGAACACUACAAGAAGAAACUAGAGGACAUGGGACUCCUCAGAAGACAGAACAAACUCAUGGAGGAGAAGAACACAGUGUUAAUGCAGGGCAACGUCAGUUUGGAAGAGGAGCUACGAAAGGCGAAUGCUGCAAAGGGCCAGCUGGAGACGUACAAGAGACAGGUGGUUGAACUUCAGAACAGACUGUCAGAAGAGUCUAAAAAAGCCGACAAGAUGGAGUUUGAGUACAAACGCGUCAAAGAGAAAGUGGACUCUCUACAAAAAGAAAAAGAUCGUAUGCGGACAGAGAGAGACUCUCUGAAGGAGACUAUUGAGGAGCUACAUUGUGUCCAAGCACAGGAGGGCCAGCUUACAUCAGGUUUGUUCCCAAUGGUCAGCAACGACGGCACGGAUUCCCUGGCUGCUGAGAUUACCACCCCAGAGAUUCGAGAACACUUGAUUCGUCUUCAGCAUGAGAACAAGAUGUUGAAGCUGGCCCAGGAAGGAUCGGACAAUGAGAAGAUCGCACUGUUGCAGAGUCUACUGGAGGAUGCCAACAGAAGGAAAAAUGAACUGGAGACAGAGAACAGGUUAAUCAAUCAGCGCCUGAUGGAGGAACAGGGUCAGGUAGAGGAGCUACAGAAGAAUCUUCAAGAACAGGACUCCAAAGCAGACGAUUCUUCCAUUCUGAAGAAGAAAUAUGAGGAGCACAUGGAGAAACUACGAGAGUUGAACAACGAGUUACUGAAGAAGAACGCUUUCAUCGACGAAAUGGAGCCUAAAUACAACUCUAACUCCCAACGAGUGGAGGAGCUGGAAGAGGCGCUGAAGAAGAAAGAUGAAGACAUGAAACAGAUGGAGGAGAGAUAUAAGAAAUAUCUGGAAAAAGCCAAGAGUGUGAUCCGGACCCUGGACCCCAAGCAGAACCAGGGCUCAGGUCCAGAAGUCCAGGCCCUGAAGAACCAGCUGCAGGAGAAGGACAGGAUGUUGCACUCAUUGGAGAAAGAGAUGGACAAGACAAAAACCCAGAGAGAUUACGAAGAGAAACUGAUUGUGUCAGCCUGGUACAAUAUGGGUAUGUCUCUGCAGAAGAAGGCGGCUGAAGAUAGACUCGCCAACACCGGUUCUGGCCAGUCCUUCCUGGCCCGGCAAAGACAAGCCACCAGCACACGCCGCUCCUAUCCAGGCCACGUCCAGCCAGCUACCGCAAGGUAGACGGCCACAGGGCAGAAAAAUACUGCGACAAACUACCUUACAAAAUCCCCUGAACUUACAUACAGUAGCUGUGCCUUUUUUGAGGCACACUAUUUCCAUUCAUUUCUAAUGGACAUUCUUGUUUCCUUGCAUUCUGUUGAUUUUCCUUUUUUUCCCUCCUUGAUCAGAUCCAAGAGGUAGAGAUGCCAGACAAGGCUGCCCAAAAUCUUGCACCACUUUUUUUUUUUUUUCCCUGACUAAGCAUAUUUUUACCCUGACUCCUGUGAUGCUCUUUAACACCCAGCAUAUUUGAUAUAGGGUCUGACUAAUCAACCCAAACACCCUCUCUUCCUCUCUCGCAACCACUGACCUUCUUCAACCUGUACUCUGUGGCAAACGUUUGUCAGGCAGGUCAUUUGAACCCAAAGGCAGAGAAGAAUCUCAUCUUCUUGACAAGUUGCUGUCGUUCCUGUUUAGAGGAACCACUCUGCCUGUUCAUGCAGUAUUUAUGCACAUCUCUACCUGUCAUAGCAUUUGAGGUUCAUCUUGUUUUCUUGACUGGAGUUGGCAGAUUAUCUGUCCUGCGUUAUCUGUUUUAACUCUUAUGAUGUAGCUUUCAGCAGGCGUCGACCGUUUUCAUUUACAUGUCAAAAUUUGGAUUUUUUUUUUCAAAUGGAUACAAGUUGCUUUUCUGCAGUGUCCUUAUGUUUUGAUUUGUGACUUUAGAUGCAAUAUUGAACACCAAAUACAUGAGGAAUAGGAAGAUGUAUAGUCAUCAUGUGUAAAUGUUCCAUUAUCAUGCUAAAUGGUCUGAAUGGUCUCUAAUAGGAAUUUAUGUUUGGUGACUGGCAGCAAUAAUUGUGAGUGGUAAUUUCCCUUGAGAAAAAACAGCAAGUUAAGUUGUUUCAGAAGGUGUAAUCCCCAGCUAAGUAGGUCGAUUGUGGCAAAGAUCGAUGUGCACCAUAACUGUUUCGACUGGUGUUCAUUAUGUUUCUUAAAAAGCUAUUGUCCAAGGCAUCAGUUCAUAUGACUAUACCAGCAUUAACCUCAUGUGCCAUAGUGUUAAAUUAAAUGUUUUUACAUUUAGAUUUCCAGUGUUAUCCUAGGAUCACUGCAGGCUUCCCUCCUCGCAAUACACAUUCAGAAAUACAUUUAAGGAGUUCCUAAGUUUCAGGCUACAUCCAUGCUAAUACAUUUUCAUUUUUAUAAAAAACUUGUGUAAUGGUGUGAACAGGAAGUUUGUCUAAUGUUACUCUGUGGCGAUAUGGAGAAAAAAUACUGGAAAACAGUGAAAAGAAAGAUUCACUUUGUUGGGGCUGUUACUGAAAGUAACAUAUGAGGAUAAUGUAACUAAGGAGGUUUAUUAGGGUGGUACUGGGAGGCAAUGGGCAUUUCAUUUAGGGACUCGCUAAACUUGGACUUGUGACACGGUUUAGAGUGGACAAAAGUUAUGCAUUUUAAAAUGAGGAGAUAUUGGUGUGGAUGUGGCUAAAAAGGGAUAUGGUUUGUAGGUUGGCCUUUAUACCAAUAAGUCAAGAGAGGUGUUUAUUUAUUGCAGCUCAUUCAUGCAGACUUACUUUCAAAGUGAAAAGGUGUAUUUUUUUCUUUAGGUGUUUUUAAAAGCAUUACAGAGUACUGCCCAUGCCACUUUCAAUUGAAAUUGUGAAUGCUUGUUGCUGCUGUUCCCUCUCCUUUCUUUAACCCAUGUAUUGUUCCAUUCUGUUUACAAUGUCAUUGUUUGUAUUGCACAUCAUGAACGAUCUCUUAUUGACAUGAUGGACUUUUAGAAGCCUCAGAAUUAACCCUGUUUGUUUGCUGUGUAUGUGUUCCGAUCAAGGCCAGAAUCUUUUCCUAACAGGCCCUGCCAUCUGACAAUUAUCUUUUUUUCUCCUCCCUCAACAGCAAUGUCACUGCAUGACUGGCACACCAAUGAACUGGCCAAGCCUUUGUGUGGCCCGGCCCGGCCUGUCUUUGGCCUGCGCUACCUGCUGGGCUGGGCUAGGCCGAGGCACACGAUGCAUGAACUACCUGCCUGCCAACUGUUUGCAUGCCUUUGCAUUGGCCUUCGAAUAACCAGCACACCAGCAGCAGCAUGAGCACUAACAACCCUUUGUAGUGUCAUGCAUUGUAACCUCCAGACACGCCGGAGGAGGCCACAAACUAAACUCCUUUCCACCCUCCCAGCUCCUCAUGGUCUCUUGCUUUCUCCCUCUUUCCAUUCUCCUCCUCUCCUCCUCCCUUUCACUCUCUUCAUGGACAUGCCUGCGUGUGCUUCCACACCGCAUCAAGUCUGUUACAACUAAUGUUACAAACACCGGGGACAGGGGCAGAUAUUGCAGUAUCAAAGCAGUUGAUCUCUUAAUAGGCCUUUUCUGUGUGUACCUUGGCGUCGGCUGGCUGCUUCAGGAUACCUCAAUGACAUAUUUCCACAUAUCUGUAUUCAUCAACACGGUCAGAGGAGAACCUGCAUCAGCGUGAGAGAAAUAUUUGAGAGGUGUAGCCUGCAAAAUCAGUCAGCAUCACAAAAAAAAGCUCCCCUUUAAACUUCUAAGCUUGUAUCUCCUACAAUGGUUGUGCCCAGCCGCUCCUCAACACGUUGCUAGACGGCAUCUUAGAAGUUGUUUUACCUCAAGUAUUAGUGAGUACAACAAGGAGAGCUUAUGGGGCAUUACUGUGUUGCCCUGUAAGCUUUUGGACAGUUUGCAGUAGGAGCAUAGGAUGGCAAAAUAAGUGUUUUUAAAAUGAAUAACAUUUUUACAGAUUGCUUUUAUACAGGACAAAAGCCCCCGUUAAGCCUACUUGCAAUUUUUCUUUGGAUGGACUCUAAUGUCAGUAAGCAUAGCAUCUAUUUCUCAAUAAAAUGCACAUUUAUACAUUGGCUCUAUUAUAGUUGACUAUGUUAGUUGUCUAGGUAGUAAGUAACCUGUGGUCUUAUUGAGCCAAAAGCAAGUGGAUCUGCUCAUGUUUAAUACAUUUUAACCAUAAAACAAGAAUGCUAAUUUGAUAAAGUAAUUGCCUGAAUGUACUUGCAUUAGCUCAUGUAGGCUAAUGUAUAGUAUAUUCAUUUUGUUGGCUCUGAAGGUAAACUAUUUUUUUUAAAACAUAGAAAGGGAACAACAGCCUCAAAUCAUCCUGUUGAUCACAGAUCAAACCCUUAUACAGUAAACUUCAGGCAAUUUAUAGUAACCCUACAUUUCUUUUACAGAUAUUGGUUCCUUUAUGCAACCUAACAGAACAGUUAUGAGAAAAAUAUCGUUGCUGUUAACGGAAAUGUCGAUUGCUGACCCAUGCAGCGUUAACUAAAGGAAUUUUAAUGUCAGUAAUAUGGAAACUUGCUGUUGCUGUAAGUCAGACUAUGUUUUCUGUAGCCUUUUUAAACAAAUGUCUUAUUUAAAUUUAAUUUCAAAAGAGUAUUUCAAGUUUUGAGACUGAAAAUGAUCACCUGGACCUAAGAAAACAUGCAUAUUACAGACAUAUGUGCAUACAUUUUCUGAAUGAGAGAGAUGGUUGAAUCCUCCAAUUUUAGUGCCUUUGUUUAAAAUUUGAUAUUUGAAAUUUUUUUUGGACUGGCUCGUCUGUUUAGGACUAAAGGCGCCAAGACAUGCAGCCUUUUAAAGACCAGUUUAUUGUGUUAUUUGAAAAGAGAAAAAAAAUGCCUGAGAAUCUCGUAGAUGAUACAUUUCUUGAUAAAACACAUUUAAUUGUUCAGAUUAAGUAGGCUUAAUGAGGGCUUUUCUUCUCUGUAUUUUAACCUAUUUUACUCAUAAAUGUUAUAUUGUGUAACCUUGGUUUAAUUCAUGCCGUGCAUUUUUAUCUUAAUGGCUUAUUUAUUCUUUUGCCGCUUGUACAGCAGUGUUGUUACAUUUUUUUUUAUAUAUUAGUAGUAUUAUUAUAUCACCACUUACUAUACUGUUACAAUGGAUGUGAAGUUUCCAUAUGACAUCAAGAUACUGUUAAAUACUUGUCUUAUGCAACAAAAGGAGGAGAUGGUUUGAAAAAGUGUUGUUUGUCUCUAAUGAAAACGACACAAAGGUUAUUAUAUUAACAGUGUCAUCUAAUGUAAAACGGAGAAAACGGUGCAAGGUUCCAUUUACCUCCAGUCUUUUUCAGGAAGAGGAGUGUCUUAGAAACUGAAUGUUUUCUCCUUAACAAAAAAAAGCACAUUUUACACUUUUGAUUGAGUUUACUGUGACCCUACAAAUGAUCAUAUUUUCCAGUGUUUUAGCGACAGCAACAAAGACGUGUGGGGAAACCCCUCAUUAGCAGUUGGGCGUGCAUGUGUAAUUGCAUUAAAAAUGAAGUCGGAGAGAUUAAAGACAAAUGAGAUUCUGCAUUUGGGCAUCAAGUAAAUGACAGAAGUGAGCUGUGAAAUAACAUUUUCAGUAUCAAUUCAGCUGCAAAGACGUGAUGUUUUGUCCAAUUCUCUCUACUUGUUUCUGUCCAAAUCUGUGUUUUGUAAACCACUUGCCAUUAACAUCCAGUUAUAUUACACAGAACUCUUUUAGCCGUCCAUCCCCAUGAGUCAUUGGUUUGGUAAUAAAUCUGUAUAUAAUGGAACACAUCCACAUUGUGGUUGACCUGUUUAAAUUUAUAUCAGGGAUGUUUGGGAAACAUUUUCUGUUAUUUAAUAUCUCCCUAAAAGAAAGCAUAUUAUGUUGUCCCCUUUUAUCCCCCAUCAAGUCAGCCGCUGUAUUUUGUUGCCUGUAUGUGUCUGUGUAUAUACUUAAUAUUACUGGCAAAUAGUGAGAUGCUGGGGGAAAUAUUAUCACGGUAAUUUAACCAGAGGAACUGGCUCAGAAGCCAGCUGCGUCAUUUUCAGACCAUAUUAAUGCCAAUUUCUUCUCAAAAAGGAGGAAACGUGACAUCUUGAUGUAAAUUAUAACCCCAAAUCUUCCCCUAAUAUUCAUUUGAGGACAAAAAGCUGAAUGAAAAUUGCAGUAGUCUUGACAAACCCGGUCGUAGUGUGUUGUAUUACUUACAUGCCUAAGCUAAAAUGAACACCCAGUGUUCCCCAGUGUUACUUGACUGCUAAUUGCACUGUCUAAAGUGUAUUAGAGAGAUGAAACCAACAACACGAGGCUGUUAACAGGUCAGAAUCUUAUCACUUCGCGUGCAGUGUUUGCUGUAUUUUUUUACUCAUUGGAAAACUUUUCUUUACAUAUUGAAGUAGCAAAUAACCUUCCAUUUGCCAAGUUUUAUAUUGCUUGUAUACAAACACACUAUGUACAUACUAAAUGUUACAGUGGUAGAGGAGGUGUCUGGCCAUUUGAGGAUGAGAAAAUAAAACUCAUGUCAAGUUCGAUGGAUUUCAUAUAGCAUCUGUCCGAUGAGGACUUAUUGAUGAAAAUGUGCUUCCUACACUGCAAAACUUGGAAAUGACAUUGUAAAUAAAGCUUGUAUAAAACAG